AUGCGGGAACGCCCCGGCGCCUUCCGCGCCUGGCUCAUGUCCCCGGCGCUCGACGGCCUGCAGGAGCUCGAGCUCUACCAGCGAUUUGAUGACUACAAGAUGUCGUCCCCCCCACCGCCGCUGCCGGGCUCCGCCUUCCGCUUCUCGUCCACUCUUCGCGUCGCCACCUUCGGCCAAUGCCACAUCUCCGACGGCCCAGCGGGCAAGUCGUCGUCGUCGCGAUUUCACUUCCCGGGCCUCAAGAUGCUCGCUCUCGAAGACUCCACCAUCUCGGAGCCUUCCCUGCAGGGCCUGCUCGCUGGCUGCCCUGUACUGGAGAACCUGCUGCUUAAAGGGCAAGAAUUAAAGGAAGUCAUUGUGGAGGACGCGCCUUGUCUGGAGAGGCUGCUCCGGUUUGUACCGGACAGGGAAGUGCACGUUUCGGUGAUCUCGGCGCCCAAGCUCCACACCUUGGGCUGCCUUACCAAUAUGUUCGGCGUCACCAACCUCAAGCUUGAUACCGCAGCUAUUUCGGGACUAAAUCGUGUUAACUUCACAACGGCGGUACGCUCAGUCAAGGAUUUAGCUCUCUCUGCUUUUAGUCUUUGCCUCGACGAGGUUAUCAACUUCAUGGGAUGCUUUCCAUGCUUGGAGAGGUUAUACAUCAAGUCCGGCAUAUCAGGAGGGGCAAAUUUGUGGCGCCGUAAGCAUAAAAAUCUAACAAAAUGGCUCGACAUCCGCCUGAGGUAUAUAGUGUUGGCAAACUAUCGAGGAACCAGGUCACAAGUUAGCUUCGCGACGUUCUUUAUAUUGAAUGCGAGAAUGCUCGAGUCUAUGAGGUUUGCGGUCAAAGACGGAAUCGACAUCGAUGGUGGAUGGAUUGAAGAUCAGCAUAGGCGGCUCAUGGUGGAGAAGAAAGCCUCCCGAGGUGCUAAAUUUGAUUUCUGCGAGAACAAAUGCCGGAGCAAUUCUACACAUGUCGAGAACGUCCGUGAUUUGUCGAUUACUGAUCCCUUUGAAUGUACAUGCUGAAGCAAUCUGGUACUAUUGGCUAUCUCACUGUAUGAUCAGCUGACUCUGAACCUGAUUGGUUCAUUUGCUUUUCAUUGUUUGUUCUUGCUUACCUCGGAACUUCGUGAUUCCUGAGAUGCUCAGAUAUCGCAACUA